AUGUUUAAAUUAAAUUUAAAUGGGUGUUUUAAUUCUGAAAAUACAAAGUCAUUAAUUCAGGGAGAGCUUGGCUUGCCUGGUCCACCUGGAGUUGACGGAGAAAGGGGAUUGAAAGGGUCAAAGGGAGAUCAAGGAAGCCCUGGACUAGAAGGACAGAAGGGAGAGAUUGGAGAAGUGGGCAUGAUUGGUUUACCUGGCCCCAAAGGAUUGAAAGGAGAGCAAGGAAACCCUGGAAUAAUGGGAGACAAAGGAGAGAUAGGAGAAAUGGGCUUGUCUGGUCCUCCGGGUAUUGAUGGACCUAAAGGAGAACCUGGGACACCCUCUGAGCAAAAUCUUAUCAUACCUGAACCAGGGCCUCCUGGUGUACCCGGUCUACCAGGUCUACCAGGUCCUAUGGGCCCUCAAGGAAUUCAAGGACAAAAGGGCUCAGAUGGUUCGAGGGGUGCAAAAGGUGAAAGUGGCCAUAAAGGUGAAAAAGGUGUCCCGGGGCCACAUGGUCUUCCUGGCACUCCUGGACUUAUUGGUUUACCAGGUACCAAAGGGGAGAAGGGAAAGAUAGGGGAACCAGGAUUAGAUGGUUUCCCUGGCCUCCGAGGAGAAAAAGGAGAAAAAAGUGAAAGAGGAGAAAAGGGAGAAAGAGGAUUGCCGGGCAGAAAAGGAGCAAAAGGACAAAAAGGAGAACCAGGCCCUCCUGGAUUAGAUCAGCCUUGCCCAGUGGGUCCAGAUGGAUUACCAGUACCAGGAUGUUGGCACAAG